AUGCUUUCCUAUACCAGAGUACCGUGCGAAGGUUCCUUCGCAUCUGAUCGUAAUACACUGAACUACCUCGUACUUCGUCACUACUCUUCGGACGCCGAACCACGCCUGUUCGCCGCCGAAGUGAGAAAACCUGUGUACGGUAACAUCACCCCUAUGGUAUCACGUGACGUCUGCGUUAUAGAAAUCGUAUCGAUUUUAAUGAAGCUGCGACGAUGCAGCAUGGCUAACCAGCAGCCGUCCGACGAGCGAAGGUUCGGCCGUGACGGUGUUAUCGGAAAAUUAUGGUACUCAUGGGUGUUGUUCAGCGAUUGGUCGCUUAUUCAGCGCCAGCAUCGAUUCGGUUGGCGGCAGAUGUUCUUCUAUUUUUCACCGCCGCGACAGCUGCUGGAGAAGAACGGCUUGCUGCGCCAAACAAAGGCACAUUUUGAAGCCGAUUCGCUAGCAGACGGCGGUGCGGCGUGGCCAAGUCCGGCGAUGGCGAUGGCGAUGUCAUCGUCCGUCCGUGCGUCGUGCCUCCGUCACCGCCUCAGCCGCCGGUCACGUAGCCGUGCAUACUGUCUCCUGCCGCCGUCGUCAUUGUGGGUCGUCGCGUAUGGUCGGGCGGCUGCGCGACUGCGCGGCUGUGCGUGCGACUUGACUCACCCUCGGCACAUGAGUGAAUCGAGGCCGUUGCAUGGCAAUGCUGGUCUCGGAAACGACCGAUGUCAGGAGGAAAAUUUGCUGGCUGUAGUUGUUUCUAGGAAAACACCUUCUUCGAUGGCGUCAACGGCAGAGGUUGCGACGAACACAGAUGAUCAGCCGAUAACUGCAUCUGUGCAACCCCGUCGUGCGUGCGCAUACGUGACUGGAACGGCGAACGACCGAACCCACGGGCAAGCGAUCGAAAUCGUCGACCACGACAGCAUGAGGAUGACAGAAACGGUACGCAGCACUGACCUCAAGCCGUGGUGUGAACUGCGUUUUGGCAAGAAGAGAACUACCGGCAGCGGCAGCGGCAGCGGCAGCGGCGACAGCGCCUCAGUUCCUCUCUCUCCCUUCGAUUUCGAUCGCACGCCGAACGUCCGUCCGCUCCCUCGCUCGGUCUUCAUCAUCGUCGAGGACCGCGGAGUUGAUGCAUUCACUCAGUCGCUCAUUCGGUCUGCUCGCGUUCGGACUGGUCGCAGUCGUCGUUGCCUGUCGUGCAGAACGGCAGUCGUCGGUUUCGCCUCGCUACGUGCUGGUGGCAGACGCGUCAACUGUAGAUCCGGUUGCUGGGCGGUGGCCGUGCUCAGUGAUACAAGACCAGAUGGCCCGCGCUGCGUGUUCACUGUCUGUCUUAAUCUCUGA